AUGGGUAGAACCUCUAAAAAUGCUGAUGUUGCUCUUAAGCUAGAUAUGUCAAAGGCUUACAAUCGUGUCUCUUGGGUAUUUUUUACUAUGGUCUUGCGUAGAUUUGGGUUUGGGGAGCAAUGGAUUGACAGGGUUUGGAGAUUGGUGUCGAAUAGCUGGUUUUCAGUUUUGGUUAAUGGAGCGAGUGUGGGGUUUUUUAAAUCUACGCGAGGGAUUCGGCAAGGCGAUCCAUUGUCCCCAGGUCUAUUUAUUAUUGGUGCGGAGGUGAUGUCUCGCUCUCUAAAUAAGCUUUUGGAGAAUCGGGAGUUCAAGUGCUUUUCAGUUCCUAGAGGAUGCCCUAAAAUCACUCAUCUUAGUUAUGCUGACGAUGUCCUGGUUUUUUCUAGUGCUUGUUCCUCUUCUUUGAGGUGUGUCAUGCAGACGAUUGGCGGGUAUGAGGCAAUAUCGGGGCAGAAGAUUAAUGUUCAGAAGUGUGGUUUCUUGGCUCAUGAUAAGUUGCCUAGCUAUUGUAUGGCGAGGGUUCGGCGGGCAACGGGUUUUGGUCUCAAAUCUUUUCCUGUGCGAUACUUGGGUUGCCCGCUUUUCACAGGGCGUCGAAAGAGUGUGUACUUCAUGGAGAUGGCAAAAUACUGUCGGCGGAGUCAUCCAUGCAUGGUGGGGGCGGUGCAGGGUAGCUCAUAUGUGUGGCGCCGCAUGCUUCAAGUACGUGAGGUGGCGGAGCAAAAUCUUUGGUGGCUGGUCCGGUCUGGUCAGUGUAACUUUUGGUUUGAUAAUUGGCUUGGAUCUGGACCUCUUUGUCAGCGACUACAAAGUGUCUCUGAUCAUCCAGUAGGUGAUUUCGUGUUGAAUGGACGAUGGAAUCAACAGUUGUUGCGGCGCUGGGUUCCGGAUGAUAUAGUGUCAGAAAUUGUUACCAAAUCUCCCCCAGUGGGGGUCGCGGAUGAUUGUGCGGUGUGGGCGUUGACGGAGUCAGGGGAUUUCUCGAUUGCUUCUUCCUAUGUGCUCCUGGGCAGGCAGAGUCCUUCCUCAUUCAUGUUUAGCAGGGUUUGGCAUUCUUUGAUACCAAAAAGUUCGCGUUUGGCAUCACUUCACGUACUGGUGCCUAGUAUAAUCUGCUGGCAUAUUUGGUUAGCACGAAAUCUUGCGGUUUUUGAAGGGAAGUGUCUGCGUAGGGAAGCCAUGUGUGAUCGCAUCCUCGCGGAUAUUGUGGGGCUUUUUUGCGGGAAGUAUGCAGGGGAGGCUAUGGGACAUGGAUCUUGGAUGGCAUUUUAUUCCAAUAUUUGUGGAUGGAGGCCUCGUUAUUGCCAUAGUCUGGUUCAUUGGGUGCUUCCAACCCAGGGGGCUUUCAAGCUAAAUACGGAUGGAUGCUCGUUGGGCAACCCGGGCGCUAGUGGUGGGGGUGGUGUGCUCCGGGAUUCAUCUGGUGUAGUGGUGUUUGGGUUUUCAACUCCGCUUGUGGAGCUGACUUGCCUUCAAGCGGAGAUUAGGUCCUUGUUGGUUGGAGUGCAGCAAUGUCUCCUUAGGGGAUUCUUGCGGAUUCAG